CGACCGGCGUCUCUGUCAAAGAUAAGAAAAACAGACAGCAACAGUGAUAGGCAUGGGAACCAUUGAAACAGAAGCCAAUCCGAACUUGGUUGGUGUCAAUGUCACUCCAAAUGAGGAUUCGAAUGCAACCCUUCCAAACAAGGAAGUGAUGAUAUUUGUUUUAGGUGGUCCAGGCAGCGGAAAAGGCACUCAAUGCUCCAUGAUUGUUGAACAAUUGGGGUUUUGUCAUAUUAGCACUGGUGAUCUUCUUGACACAGAAAUAAAGUCCGGAUCUGAAAAUGGAACAAUGAUCCAGAAUUUGAAGAGCAAAGGUGAGCUUGUGCCCACUGGCAUAGUUGUCAAGCUUCUGAUGGAGGCAAUGAAGAACAGCACAAACAAGAAAUUUAUCAUUGAUGGUUUCCCACGCAACAUGGAAAAUCUUGCCGCUGCUCAGAAAAUUAUGAAACUAGAACCAGUUUUGGUACUAUUCCUCGAAUGUUCUCAAGAGGUGAUGAUAGAACGCAUUUUGGGCAGAAAACAGAAGGGAAGAGUUGACGAUAACAGUGAAACCAUUAAGAGGCGUAUUGAAGUUUAUUGUGAAUCUACUCUGCCUGUGAUUUCCUACUACAGAUCAAAGGGCAUGGUUGAAAUGAUUAACGGUGAGAAACCUGUUGAAGAAGUGUUUGACGCUGUCAAGGCAGCCGUCUCCAAGCUCAAACUCGGAAUCAGCAGGAAAAACUCACAGGAGUUUUAAGUAUGGAACUGCAUGGCCUUAAACUAUGUGUUGAGGUGAUUCUGCUUCGUAGCUAAUUAUAUUGGAAUAUGUAUUUACCCUAA